GAUGACGAAGUAAAGCUGCGACAAACCGGUUGGCUUGGCAACAGGCAGAGACACAGUCCUUAGCCAGCUAGGAGUUGACGUUAGCUAUCAAGAUAGCACUUUUUUGUUAAUGUACUUGUUUGGUUUGAAUGUAUCUUUUUUAAUGGUCUGUUAAAAUGAUAGAUCCUUCGUUGAGUUCUUUAGGCGCCCACGUUGUCUUGGCUGCAUCCAGCGACGAGCGCCAUCCCCCAGAAAACAUAAUUGAUGGGAACACUGAAACGUUCUGGAUGUCCACUGGAAUGUUUCCUCAAGAGUUCAUCAUUCGCUUCGCCCAGUCGACGAAAAUGUCCCUUGUGACAAUGCAUUGUUUUAACGUCAAGAAUCUAAGAAUCGAGAAGAGCAUGUCAGAAGAUGCUACUAACUUUGAGUUUGUUGCAGAGAAAGAAUUUGAACACAUAGAAGGUAGUCUUCAAACAAAUGACAUUCCACUCAGUGGAACCAGUGCUACACACCUACGCUUCAUCGUCACCUCAGGAUAUGACCACUUUGUCUCAGUUCACAGAGUCAGUGUUGAAGGAUAAAUCCUUCCUCAACGUAUCAAUCAACAGUAGCUUCAAAUUAAAGUAUUUUUUUAUAUAAAUCUGACACAAUCUGCUUUGUGUUGUUCAUUUCAUUUUUAGUUAGUUCAUUUUUUAUUGCAUAGAUAGACCCUUUUUUGUUGCCCUUACUUAAUGAAAAUAGCCUGAUCUGAAAUAAUUUGUU